UCCUGCCCUGCUCAGCAGCGCAGCCCCUGCUCCAGAGGACAUGAGCAGGCUGCAGCAUGGGACAGCAUCCGAGGAGCGGGCGGUGCCCCUGCCUGCCUGAAGGAUCAGCACAGCAAGACAGGAAAGCGGGAGGGGGACACGCAGUGAAGGCUUCUGUGGAGUUCAUGGGGCGCCUGCUCCAGGUGAGAUAUACGGUGCCCUGUUACAGUCAUAAAAGAUGGAUGGAUAAACGGACGGACGGACGGAUGGAUAGAAAAAUGACGAAGUUACAUUUUGAAGGUUAAACCGGCGUUAUGACUGAAUUAGACGUCUCUGAAGGGGGGGAUGAGCCCCCACCCUACAUGAUCUUUGUGGUGGUCUUCCUCUUCUUCCUCACCGGACUGUUUGGCUUCCUUGUCUGCCACCUCCUGAAGAAGAAGGGCUACCGCUGCCGCACCGGAGAAUUGGAUGAGGAAGAGGGGGAGGAGGAGAAGAUCGGCAUAAAUGCAGACGAAGAUGAUGAGGAGAACCAGGACACUGUGGAGCAGAUCCUCAAAUGCAUUAUUGAAAAUGAAGCUAACAUGGAAGCCUUCAAUGAGAUGUUUGGAAACCAGAAGGUGUGUGUGCGCCACGACCCCAGGCUACGUAAGGAGUCCCUUGGUGGUGUUCCUCCCCAUCACCACACAGUCCACUCAGGCACCGGCCACAACUCCUGCCACCUGUGUGCUCAGGUCCGAUCUAAAAAGGGCCGGCAACAAAGCCGAACCCCCCGUAUUAAACAACGACCUGGAGAGCAGACUGUCUUCUCUGUUGGAAGGUUCAGGGUGAUACACACUGAUAAGAAGCUCCAUGGAGGCCCUAAUCCAUUGGGCAGUUCAGGGGACCAGCUGGACCAAUCCCAGGACAGCGAGGAGCGGAAGGAGGGUGUUUACAAUCUAAGAAGCAUGUUCGACGGCUCCAACGUGGUGGCUCCGAAUGUGGGGAAACGCAAGAAGAGUGUUAGCAUAUUCGGGCUGAGGCGUGGCAGCGACCCCAGCGGCAUUAAAGUCAGAGAGGGGACAGGCAGGGACACUGCAGCUGUAAGACUUGCUAUUCAGCAGCAACCUGUAGUUCUAGAGGAACUUCUGCCGGCAGAGAACAUUGAAGUCGCAUUUGAACGUGGUACUAAACCUGGUAUCAAACUUGAAGCGGAGAACUUAAAGAAUGAAACGCCUGCUUCACCUCAAUAUGAGAAUACAACUUCAGCUUCUGUUAAUUCUCCCUAUUCCAAAGCUAAGGAUCAGUCCCCUGGCUCCAAGUCUGGUCCAGAGGGUGGCUCUAAACAUGAGCCUAGUCCUCAACCUCAUACGAGCCUGGGGAUCAAACCUUCCGUUGGGAUUACAUCAGCUUCGGCACCCACUUCUCUUGCCAUUCCAUCUUUUGGACAAGCAUCUACGACCGAGGAUAAGAUGUCAAAAAAUGAAGAUGCAUUUGAUCCUGGACCUCUACAGACCUCUACUCCAAUUGCCCCCAUGCAUGGAUCCAUUCCGGGUUUAACUCCUGUCCUUCUUAAUGUUCGACCUGAACCCUGUUCUAGCACAGGUUUUACAGUUACAAAAACUCCCACGGACCCAAGCUCCAGCGCUGAUCUGGAAUCAGGAUUGAGUGCCAGCCAAGUUUUAAUAAGCUUAGGUUCAUCCUCUCCAUCUUCGUUCCCAAUCAAGACCCCCUCUUCAGACACUUCAUUAAAAACUCAUAUCUCACCCGUGGUCACAGCGAGCCCUAAACUAAGUUUAAGAAAUACUCCACCAGAGGCUGCAAAAACAACUCUUUCCCCUGCCCUCACUCCCUGCCCCAAACUCCCAUCAGGCAGAGCGUUGACUAGCCAAUCACCCGUUCCAUCUUCAUCCUUUGGAAAAAGUGCUAGUCCAUUACAAGUCAGAACUCCCUCACCUGCUAUGAUUGGUAGCCCCAGACUUGACACCGUUCCAGUAUCCCCACAAAACCCUUCUUCUACUCCAGCCGACGGAAACCGGUCCUCCAGAAGUUCACCGGGUCCAAAUUCAAAGUCGGGAAGUCUGACGUCCAUAACAUCGUUGACCAAACAGGAUAUGCUUUCUAUCCCAUUAUCUCCAAAGGAACAAGUGCUGGAAGGAGCCAGAACCCCAACGACUGAAGAAAAGACAGAAUUACAGAGGGUGGGGAUUCUCAAAACGGCUAAACUCUCGCCAGUCGAGGGCGAUUCUCCAGGUUCUGCCCUUUACUCUCCACCUGAUCAGCUUUCUAAAGACAGACUGAGCAGUUUGCCUCCGUCCCCUAGCACAACUCUGUCCCCCUCCUCACCUGUAGGGGGCAGAAUAAGUAGUGUGACCGUUGUUAAAGCCAGCCCUGACAGCAGCCGAGAAUUUUCUGUAGAAUCCUCUACCUUAAUAAAAGACCAGAAAGGAGAGACUUCUGAAACAAGGAUUGAAUCAGAAAGAGCAAUAAUUAGUCUAGCCUUUGGUCAGGGGGGAGAUGUCUUUGUUUCAGGUGUUGUUCAACCUGCAAGUCAAAGUAGAGAGACCCCUGUAGCAGAGGUUAGGCCAAGGGUGGUCCAAGAGAAGGAAGAUAUGGUGGAGAUGGAAGAUAUUAGGGACUGCAAAGUAUCGCAGGAGGAAGAAGCAGAGCGGGUAGAGGAGGAGUUGGAGAAGAUAGGAAACAUUUAGUCAAAAUGUAACUGACAGAUGUAGGCUCAUCGAUGUGAUUAACAAAGUAAAUAGUGGCCCCACACAGUGCACUAUAAAGACGGAAUGUUGGAAUAAGAUAAAUGCUUAACUGACUAAUGUAAAAUCAUCAGAUACUCUUCUUCCAUUUAAAGGAUGUGUUAGCCUUUCCACCCCAAACCACUUAUACUUAAUGUCAUAACCAUUUGGGUAACACUUUUUUGAUGGGGUUGGAUUGACACCUAAACAUAAAGGAGUCCUUUGGUCGACUAUGUUAUUUGUAAUGCAAAGUUGCCAUUGUUUAAGAUGUCUUUGUUGACAACUUCACAUCACCCAGGAGAACAUCACCAUAAACCUGUCAUACCAAAAUUGAACUAAGGGCUUUAUGUUUUAAUUAAAUCACAAUGCUAUAUGGGCUGGGUUUGAUAUUGGCUUUCAUUGGAUUGAUAUAAAUGGGUCAUUCAUAUUUUCCUUGACCUCAACUAAAGCGGUACAAUUAGAACUAGUUAACUGUCUCUAGACUUCACCAGUGAAACUGUUUGGGGUUUUAAUUAAGAUGUCAUAAGAUAUUAUAGACAGUUUGAAGACAGAAAAGAGUACUGAUCAUGUGCUUUAUGGAGCGAUGGACAGAUACCUUAACUUUUGGCUAAAGUACCUGCUAGUUGCCGUUCAAUUUGGUUAGCUAUGCCGCUGGUUGUCCUUUAAGCUACAGGACAAUGUACAGGCUCACGGAAAUCAGUUGAAAGAUUAAUGUAAAUAAUAAUCCAAGUAAUAUUUUCAAGAUAUUUCAAGUCUGGUUAAAGUCAGACUCGUAUGGCCAUUUUUAGAGCCCUGACACAAUAUAGCUACAAGUCAAUUACUGGGCUUGAUAUAAAUUGUCAUGUUUUACACAUUUUAUGAAAGUGUCAUCUAAUCUAAAACUAAAACAGAAUGCAUUUUGAGAAUGGUCAAUGUAUUUCUGUUUUGUAGUUAAGAAGGUAAAAUGUGUAGAUGCUGAUAAAGUCCUUCAGUUAAUGUCUGAUUUCCAGUGCAUUGCAGGGUAAGGGUUGCCUGUUAGCAUAAAUGCUAACAGCUACAAUCUUUUUUUGUAUAUAUUUUUUCAGUUUGCCUUGUGUUCAGUUGGUGUUUUCCUACAUUUGACAACAUGUUAAAUAUGUCACUGGCUUACACCUUGGCUGGUGGAAAAACAAAUUCAUGCUAAGGUGUUUAAUUGAUUUGCUAACAUAAUGGCUCCAUUAGAGUCGUUAACAAGAGUAAUUCAUUUUAUUUUUUGAUUGCCAUUAUAUUUAUUAUUUAAUGUACAACCCGUAGCAGUCAUUGAAGUGACCACAUAGUAAAGUCACUCCAGCAAUAUCACUAUAUUAAUAGUAAGUUAUUUUACUAUUUUAAUCAGACAUUUUCAAUGCUAAAUAUACCACAUUUCCCGUAUACUAGUCACUCAAAUCACAAACUAGUAUUAUGGGACUCUGAGAUGAGUACAUCCAGUGAAGAUUAUUUGUUAUAAUGUCAUUGUGUGAUCGGUUUUACUAUUGUUUUACCAUUGAAGCAACAGACUGUGUACUCUUUGCUGAAUAUCUUAUUAUAAAGCAGUGUGGGAGCCCCAUACCUGAAAUAA